GAGAAAUUAUUCUCGAAAGUCGAAACACAAAAUCAAAUAUCAUACUCUCUUACGAAGCAAAGCAUAGGGAGAUGGGAAUGGGCGAACAGUCCAGCUAGCGUAUACCAUUAUCCCCCAUAUCACACCACCUCUCUCCUUCAUGUGACUUGCUUCUCUUCAUUCAAGCAAUCAUCAAUGCCUCCUCCUCGCUCCUUCUUGAUUCUUUUCUUGCUUGUUUCCACUCCCUCUUUCCUCUUCCAGAUCUCCUCUGCGGCCCAUGAAGAUGGAGAUCAUGAUAUAAACGUAGAUUCAACCCUCAAGUUCGAGAACCCUCGGAUCCGCCGAGCCUACAUUGCCUUGCAGUCAUGGAAGCAAGCCAUCUUUUCAGACCCAUUCAACUUCACAGCCAAUUGGAAUGGCUCAGACGUGUGUUCUUACAUGGGAGUCUUCUGUGCUCCAUCUCCCAAAAACAAGAAAAUAAGGGUGGUGGCUGGCAUUGACCUCAACCACGCUGACAUUGCUGGCUACCUCCCUACCGAGCUCGGCCUUAUCAUCGAUCUGGCGCUCCUCCAUAUCAACUCCAACAGAUUCUGUGGGGUCGUACCCAGUAGUUUCCGCAAAAUGAAGCUGCUCCAUGAGCUGGACCUGAGCAACAAUCGGCUAAUGGGCAAAUUUCCCAAGGUUGUGGUCUCCUUGCCUUCCCUCAAGUACCUGGAUCUGCGCUUUAACGAGUUUGAAGGUUCUGUGCCCUCCCAGCUCUUUGACAAGCCCCUUGAUGCUAUCUUCUUGAAUGACAAUAGGUUCCGAUUUGGCAUCCCAGAGAAUCUUGGAAACUCUUCUGCAUCUGUUCUUGUCCUUGCAAACAACAACCUUGGUGGGUGUAUUCCAGGCAGCAUUGGGAAGAUGAGCAAAACCUUAAAUGAAAUCAUUCUCAUGAAUGACAAUCUCACUGGGUGUUUGCCUCCCCAGAUCGGCAUGCUCAAGGAAGUAACUGUGUUUGACGUUAGCUUCAAUCAUCUGCAAGGCGCUCUACCUUCCAGCAUUGGAAACAUGAAGAGUGUCGAGCAACUCGACAUUGCACACAACAGUUUCACAGGUGUUGUUCCUGCUAGUGUUUACCAGCUGCCUAAUUUGCAAAAUUUUACCUACUCUUUCAACUAUUUCACCGGCGAAGCUCCAAGCUGUGCUGCUAUUGGAGCAGUCUCUAAUGGUACCCAGAAUUGCAUUCCCGGCAAGAUGAAUCAGAGAUCAGCCAAACAAUGUUCUUCUGAAGCUGCUCGCCCUGUUGACUGCAGCAAGUUCAAAUGCGGUGGCAGUGGCGGAGGUGGCGGAAAUGGCUCUCCAUUAACACCACCACCACAGACAAGGAGAGGUAUUCCGGUUGGAAGGCCAGCACCAAAUCCUGCACCCAUCAGAAAGCCAUUUGUUGCAUCACCACCACCUCCCACUUCCAAGUCAUCACCUUCCACCAGAUCACACCCGCCACCACCUCCCACAAGGUCUUUCCAUCCACCACCAUCUCCACAUUUUGCAUCCCCACCACCGCCUACUAAAAAAGCAUCACCCAGAACACACCUUCCACCCCCACCCCCACCUGUUGAACAACAGCCACCAACUUAUCACCAUAUACCGCCGCCGCCACCUCCUCCUCCUCCACCCAACCAUUACCGUUCUCAUUAUGCACCACGACCACCUAUAAAAAAGGUUUCAACAGGCACACGUCGCCAUGUACCACCACCUCCACCAUCAAGUGUAAACAGGCCUCAGGUGCCUAAAUAUAAACCCCCACCGCCCCCACCACCCUACUAAUACAAAGCACCAACCCCACAAGCGCAGUCUGUUGAAGUUCCAUCACCAAGUUACCACACUUACUCUCCACCCCCACCCCCUCCACCAACAAAUGAACAGACACAUUCUCCAACCCAAUCUGCGGCUCCAGUUCCAUCACCAGUAGAGCAUUACCCACCCAAAACAGCUUCUAGCCCACCUCCACCAUCAAUUGGGUGUAUAAUUCCAGAAUCACCACCCCCACCAUCACCUGCGCCAAGCUAUCAGCACUCACAAUCACCUCCACCACCCUCACCUACGCCAAGCUAUCAUCACCCGCAGUCACCACCGCCACCAUCACCUACGCCGAGCUAUCAGCACCCACAAUCACCUCCACCACCCUCACCAUCGCCAACGGCGUCCCCACCGCCGCCACCACCACCAGUAAUAGAGAACAUUCCACUUCCACCGAUUAUAGGAGUAUCGUAUGCAUCUCCUCCUCCCCCGGUAAUUCCCUACUACUAAGUACUAAGUGGCAGGUGGAUGACACUGGUCAUUGAGAAUAAAGACGUGAGAAGAGAUGAGAAAUUAAUAUUCUUUGGCGUACGUCUACAACGUUGGCGAUGAUCCAUUGCUUCGGUUCCACUCCCACGACAAACAUUAAUUGUGUGUUUUUGCUAAACCACGUGUACAAAUAUAGAGUUAUAAUUCUUUUGUAAUUUGUUUUUAAUUUUCUAAAGAAGAAAUUUCAAGUUGAUCAAUCUGUAGCCAUCAGUACAAUCCAAUCCAUUGUAUAAAUAAAUAGCCCCCGUAUCUCUUCUUUAUUUA